AUGGCAGACCAAGACUCCAAAAAGGCGCUCGCCAUUCCGGCAUGGCAGCAGAACUGGCAAUCCAGCGUCAAAGAACAGAGGACCGCUUCCGACGAUCAGUCGUCAACGGAGCAAAGCACGACGCAACCCUCGUUACCCUCAGAACCACCUCUACUCGAGCAAGCGCAAAAGUCGCUGGAAGACGAAACAAUACGAGAUGCGUCCCGGGAAAGCAAGGUUGAGUUCUUGCAGAAAAAGGGUCUACAACCCGAUGAAAUAGAAAAGCUGCUGGGUCCUGGGCCGGCCGCAUCUUCAAUCGCCGCCGACGAGACCCCGGAACUGAAAACAAUUCACGACACCAGCCCGAACCCCGGUAUCAGAGAACAAGAACAGACAGUAUCCUCACCAUCGUUGGCGCUCCCCGCUUCAGCGUCAGCACCCCAGCACGAAAUGACCCCGACGCCCUCUCCGAAGCGGGACGUCCCUCCGAUAAUCACCUACCCAGAAUUCCUCCUCAAACCACAGAAACCACCACCGCUCGUCACAUUCGACCGCCUCGCGAACGCAGCCUACGUACUGGCCGGCGUAUCGGCCUUGACAUGGGGCGCAAGCAAAUAUCUCAUCCAGCCCACGCUCGAAUCCCUCACCGAAGCGCGACAUUCACUGGCCGAGACAGCCAAAGCGGACCUCGAGACCCUCAACACGAAGCUCGAAUCCACCGUCUCCCACGUGCCCUACAUACCCAGCGUUUCUGCCCUCCAUUCUCAACACCAAAAGCCCAAGGACGACGACCUAGAAUCCACAGACUCGGACCCGACCGAGCUGUUCCACCGUGACAUCGCAACCCAGACAUCACCGCACCCUACACACACAACGUCGCUCUGGUCCGGCGACGACUACGACGAUGCCCUGCCUGCACAAGAUCCCACGACAUCACAAUCGUCCCGCCUGCGCAGCCUGCACUCGACCCUCUCUUCGCUUGUGAGUUCGCAAACGACGCACUUCUCUCAAGAUCGACUCCAGGAAUCAAUGUCGGAUCUCCAAUCGACGCUCCACAAGUUGGAAGCCAGCUACGACCCUUUCCAAAUCGACUACACCUCCACCGGCUUUUCAAGUUACAGCGCCGACAAGAGCAGUAGUGACAAGUCCGCCAAAAAGGACGCCUCGGAGGCCACGAAGUUCAAGAACGAGAUUCGAGCGCUCAAGGGCGCGUUUCUGAGUUCGAGGAACUUUCCCACAGCACGGCCGGCCCAGCCGUUCAUGCUGCCUUCACGGUGA